AUGGGGUGGGAGGAUGCAAUGGCGGUGGAAUUGCCCAAGGACGACAACGAAUUAGGAAAGAGGACACGGGAUGACAGCUUCCUGGACACCAUCACAGUGAUGGAUGACCGGUGUGCCUUGGCCAGCAAGGAAAAUGAUGACCGGCAUGCCAUGGCCAACAAGGAGAUGCACGACGAACGUUCCUCUCUUCGCUGGGAUUUCUCUAUUCGUCUCAUCAGACCCGAGAAUCCUCCUGACAGCAUCAUGGCAACAGAAGAAGCUCCCACUGAAGUCGCCGUCGCCCCGGCAAAGGCACCAGCCAAGUCCCCGAAGAAGAAGGCAGCCAAGCCGGCCAAGAAGGUUGGUCCCGGAGCCGCUGAGCUCAUCUUGAAGGCGGUCACCGCCUCCAAGGACCGUAAAGGGAUCUCUUACAUCGCUGUGAAGAAGGCGCUGGCCGCUCAGGGCUACGAACACACCGCUCACAUUAAACGCGCCGUGAAGAGGUUACUCGAGAAUGGAUCACUUGUGCAGGUCAAGGGAAUCGGAGCUACCGGCUCCUUCAAGGCAGCCGAGAAGCCCAAGAAAGUAGCGAAGAAGCCUGCAGCCAAAGCCAAGAAGCCGGCAGCAGCAGCAGCGAAGAAACCCGCCGCUAAGAAGCCAGCCGCUAAGAAGCCAGCCGCUAAGAAGCCAGCCGCUAAGAAGCCAGCCGCUAAGAAGGCAGCAACACCCAAGAAGGCGAAGAAGCCUGCUACUGCUGCCAAGAAAACCCCCGUGAAGAAGAUCACAAAGAGCCCGAAGAAGAAGGUGGUGGCCAAGAAGGCAGCGACCCCCAAGAAAGCUGUGAAGAAGGCACCAGCCAGGAAAGCAGCGAAGAAGUAAACAGAUCAUCUACUUCCUCUACAAAAGGCUCUUUUAAGAGCCACCCA